AUGGAUGGAGAUUUGGGUUCAGAUUCUGAUAUUGAUAUCAAUCUUGAUGAGUUAGAUGAUAUUUUAACAUUUGAAGAUAGUGAUUUCGACUUAGUAGAUGAUAUUAAUAUUGAUGAAUUGAAUGAUGGUGUGGAUGUCAUUCCUCUUUAUGUUAAUGUUUGGGAGGAUGAGAGGAAUGGAGAUGGCAGAGAUGGGAUGAUUAAUGAAUCUGAGUUUGAUGAGAAUAUGGAUAAAGAAGAUGAGAUUUGGGCAGAAGGUGAAGGUGAAGGUGAAGGGAGUGAGUCUGAUGGGAUGAUAAGUAUUCAUUCUAGUGAUGAGGAAGCAAGAAUAUCAAGAUGGCAUGUAUUCAAUGCUAAGAGGGAUAUGAAAGACCCAAAGUUCAAGCAUGGAAUGUUAUUUACAAACAAAGAGGUGUUGAAGCAGGCUAUUAGACAAUAUGCCAUUGUUAACAAGUACAAUGUAAAGGUUGUGAGGAAUGAAAAUGAUAGGGUUAAUGCUAAUUGUUUAAACUGUGAAGGAUGGAUGAUCAGAGCAUCUACAAAUAAGAAAGAGAAGGCAAUUCAGAUAAAGAAGUUUAAGGACAAUCACAAAUGUGCUUUAGAGAUUCCACAGAGACAUAUCACUUACAAAUGGUUGAGCGAAACUUACAUAGAACACCUAGGACCAGACCCCAAAUUCUCUAAUAAGUCAUUGGCUCAUCAACUUGAGGUAGACUUUAAAACAAAGACUAGUAGGUCAAAGCUUUGGAGAGCAAGAAGGCAUGCUUUAGAAAAGGUUAUGAAAUCUGAGGUUGAGCAGUAUGGUAAACUCAGGGAUUAUGCAGAGGAGUUGAAAAAAUUUAACCCCAACAGCAGUAGAGGCUUCUUAGCUGGUUGUAGGCCUUUAGUAGGAUUAGAUGGUUGUUUUCUGAAAGGUGGAUACAAAGCACAACUCCUUGUAGAUGUGGGAAUUGAUCCAAAUGAUUGCAUAUUUCCCAUUGCAUAUGGAGUUGUAGAUGUUGAAAGCAGAGAAUCAUGGACCUGGUUUGUGAGGAACUUGUCCAUCGACUUAAAUAUUGAGAAUUCAGGCUCUUGGACAUUUAUGAGUGAUAAAGAAAAUGGACUGAUUGCUGCUCUUGAUGAACUUAUGCCACAUGUAGAGAAAAGAUUUUGUGUAAGACAUCUCUGGAAGAAUUUGUGUAGGGCAACAACUAUAAAAGGUAGCCCAGAACUAAAGGAUUUGCUAUGGAAUGCAGCAAAGACAACCUAUCCUGCAGAAUACUCUAGGAGAAUGGCUCUCAUGAAGAAAGAAGACAUCAAGGCAUGGGGGUGGCUAGAAAAUAAACCCCCUGAGAAUUGGUCCAAAUCACACUUUAGGGAUUUUUCAAAGUGUGACAUUCUCUUAAAUAACCACAUUGAAAGUUUCAACAGCUAUAUUUUGGAAGCUAGAGAUCAACAAAUUCUUACAAUGUUAGAAGUGAUUAGAAUGAAGUUGAUGAAAAGAAUGUGUUUGAAGGGGAAGGUGGCUCAUAAGUACACUGGGGCUAUUUGUCCCAAUAUCAUCAAGAAGCUUGAGAAGUAUAAGGAAUUGUCGUCUAAUUGUUGGGAAACUAAAGCUGGUGCUAGAAAAUACAGCGUUGCUGUUUGGGAGAAACUAUAUGUGGUUGAUCUAGAUGCUCAGACUUGUAGUUGUUGCCAAUGA